UUUGUUAUUUCGUAUUUUCGUAGCGUCACAUAAUAAGCAUUUAUUUGUGAAUUAUUGCAUACUUAAGAAUACGUGCAUACUUUAAAAUAAUUACUGAUGAAAAAUAUUCAACAAUGUCGAAGAGUGCAAAGUCAGGGUUUGUUAUCAAACUCUCUACUGAAACGGUUCAGAAAUUGACCGAAGAAGAAGAACUGGCAAAGAAACAGGUUGAAGAUCAGCAUCUUCAGGAACUUGAGCCUUCUGUGAGUAAUUUAGAAGACAAGGAUUCAAAAGACAAGGGCGACAACGUCUUACAUUCUGAAAAUGAACCUUCCACGACGAACGAUCGAGAUGUUUCACCUUCACCUGUUAUAAGGGAUACCGAAAGUAAGUCAAAAGUUGAGUUGACUGAAAAACAAGAUGCCGAACAUGAAGAUAAGGAUAAAAAAGAACUUAAAGAAGACACAAAAUCUGAAUCAAGUGACAACUCAACCUGGGGCGACUACGCCCCAUACAUAACAUACGAAGAGGAAGAGGCCAUUUACACUGAUCCCACCACACAAGUAAAGUACACAUGGGACCAAAAAACGAAUUCUUGGACUCCAAAACCAGGCUCUGAAAUACCAGGCAGGGUUUACAGUUAUGAAAAUGAUACACACAUUUAUACUGAUGCAGAUGGCUCCAAGUCUUUUUGGGAUGAAGAAAAGAAAGCAUGGUUACCUAAGGUUGAUGAGGACUUUCUAGCACACUACCAAAUGUCUUAUGGUUUCAUUGAUAACACCUCCAAAGAGGAUGAGGAAAGUAAACAGAAGGAAAAAGAAAAGUCACUAAAAGAACAAACUAGUGGUGUUAAAAGAAAAAAUGAUCCCCAGUGGUUUGAUGCUACAGAUGAGACUAACACAAAGGUGUAUGUCUCAAAUCUUCCUUUAGACUUAACUGAAGAAGAAUUUGUAAAUUUCAUGCAAAAAUGUGGCCUUGUUGAGCGAGAUCCACAGUCCCAAAAAAUGAAGGUUAAACUUUAUAUGGAUAAAGAACAAAAUUGCUUUAAGGGUGAUGCACUAUGUACUUACAUAAAGAUAGAAUCAGUUGACUUAGCACUAAAGUUAAUUGAUGGGAGUGAUUUCAAAGGAAAUACAGUAAAAGUAGAAAGAGCACAUUUCCAACUUAAAGGAGAGUACAACCCAGCAUUAAAACCUAAAAAGAAAAAGAAAAAAGAGUUGGAAAAACUAAAGAAAAUGCAGCAGAAACUAUUUGACUGGAGGCCUGAGAAGUUUGUUGGAGAGAGAUCUAAGCAUGAGCGUAUUGUUAUCAUUAAAAACCUCUUUCACCCUUCAGACUUUGAUAAGGAUGUUCAAUUGAUACUGGACUAUCAACAGGACUUACGAGAGGAGGCAGCUAAGUGUGGUGAGGUUCGUAAAGUGGUCAUCUAUGACCGGCAUCCAGAAGGAGUGGCACAGAUCACAAUGAAAGAGCCAGAACAAGCAGAUGCUGUUGUUGCUUUAGUCAAUGGGAGGUGGUUUGGUAAAAGGCAAAUCACAGCUGAAAUAUGGGAUGGAAGAACUAAAUACAGGAUUGCAGAAACUGAUGCUGAUUUGAAUAAAAGAGUUGACAAAUGGGACAAGUUUUUGGAAGGUAAAGAAGAGCCUGAAACAAGCAAGACAUCAGUACCAACAGAUAAAGAAAUUGGGGUAAAAGCUGAUGAUGUUGCUGUUGAAAUUCCAAAAGCCUCAGAAGCAUAAAUGAAUCAUUUUACUUUAAGUAUUAAUGUAAACUAAUAAAA